UUGUGCUUGACACCACAACAACAGGGAGUCGCGUGUAGGUGUGUGCCCACCUGUAAUACAUUUCGAGAGAGAUACAUGGCCGAAUCAAGGCCGGUCCAAAGCCGCAACAAGAAACAAGCUCUCGGAAAUAUCGUCGUCGAAAAGGCUUUCGACUUGGGAGAAGAGGAAGAGGUCAUCCACCGACAGCUCGGGUUCAGGCCGACCAAUGUCCACUCAAUCGCAGCUCGAGCGAUGACAGGAGAGCCUACGGUGUUGCGGCUGUAUCCACUGGCGGUCUCACUGAAGGGUGCGCGGGCCCGUAAUGCCGAGCGACAACCCUUCCCGACGAUGUACUGGCUCUCGUGCCCAUCUCUGAAGGCGGCUGUGUCGCAACUGGAGAACCAAGGCCUCAUCCUUGAAUGGGAGCGAAGAUUGCAGCGGCCGCCGCCGCGGCCGCCAGUUGCCGCUCUCCCCACACAACAGGUCGGGGCACUGUGUCGCUCACGACCCCUAAGUCUAUGACAUGUUGAUGGUUGGAUUGGAGCCCUCGUUGCCACCACCGCGAAUCAUUCCCAUUGGCGAACCCAUCGCGACCACCAGGGGCGCUUCCUUGCGUUGCUGAGCCAUCCGGAACGCCGCCGCUCCGGCUGCUGGUGAGGACGGCAGAUGACGUUCUUGGCCGUUCGCUCGCCAACCCCGGGGCAGUGGUUGCAAC